UGCGGUGCUGUGCGGGCAGCCCCUGGCCGGAGCCGAGCCGAGCCCCCGCGCCAUGCCGGCCGCCGCGCCGCCCCCGCUCCACCCCGCGGCGGGCGCCUGCUGCCACUGCCAGGGACGCCAAGGCUUGUUGGACCAUUCACCACGCAACACAGACUCAAAAGUAAAAGAGAGGAAGCUGCAUGGGACUUGUCCUCCCGUUGGCCGUGGAAACUAUGAAAAACCAUGUUUGGGUGAAAACAGCCACAGGUCCUCAUUUUUCAGUCCCCACAAUGGUUUUCACACGAUACAUUCAGAGCACAGUCCUGUGAAGCCAAGGAUAAUUACAGUGGUGAAACCCGGGGGACGCACACUCAGAAGGAUAACCUUGCUUCUCAACAGGAGAUCAGUGCAGACCUUUGAGCAGCUGAUGGCUGACAUUUCAGAAGCUCUGGGAUUUCCUCAUUGGAAGAAUGACCGUGUGAGAAAGCUGUACAAUCUGAGAGGCAGAGAAAUCCGAAGUGUUUCUGAGUUCUUCCGGGAAGGUGAUGCGUUCAUAGCUAUGGGGAAGGAGCCCCUCACUUUGAAGGACCUGGAGGUGGUAUUACAAGAGCUCUAUCCUGAAAAUCCUUAUGCUGCCAGUGCUGCCAUUCAGAUGAAUGAGGAGCAGUCCCAAAAACUGAAGAGCAGGCUGUAUGACAAGGCCUCGAAAGUAGACAGUGGCUUUGAUGAGACAGAAACAACCAAGAACUGCAGCAAUGGCUUGUCUUCCCAGCUAGUAGCUGGACAUGAAGGAAAAAGUCAAACCAAGACAAAGCAAGAGGAAAAAAUGAGAACCAAAAAAAAGUGGACUAGAGAGAGCUGGGGUGGUGAGCAUGGAGCAAAGCCUUCUAGGAAAACACGGGAAAGUGAAAGGUACCUUAAGCAUGAGAGGAGUUCUGAGGAAGGCUUAGAAGAGAGUUCUGAGGGGGUGCUGAGAUGUGAGAAAUGCGAACAGGAAAGGCAGGCCAGAGAAAAAUUACGGAGGGAAAGGCAGGCAGAGGCCUCAUUUGAGGAUAGAGACUUGAACACAGGUGUGUGUCAGAGGUACCAUGCAGAAAGAAAUACAAAAGUCAGGAACAGCCGAAAGUCUCCCGAAACCUGUCUGGAGGGUGAGGAAGUUGGCUGGAAAGAUAAUGGCAGUAGGAGGAUGUGGAAGCCUCUACAUAGGAUUGUUAAUGAAGGGCUGGAGAAACAAAAAAGGAACAUUGAGAAAGAAAAGGAUGUGGAGAAGCAUGAAAAUCAUGGGAAGGAAGUAGUAAAAAUCAGGAAGAAUGCUGUAGAAGGGCUCCAGCUAUCCCAUGAAGUGAAGGAAGAUAAUGGAAGUAGCUGUGUAAUGCACCAAAGUGGUUGGCUAAAGAAAGACUGUCUGAGGGAUGCUGAGAAAAUGUCUAAAACACAUAGAGAGGGCAGAGAGGGACAAAGGGCUAAAGAGGAAGCUGCCAGAAGAGAGGGGAAUGGCACAUGUAGAGAGAGUGAUAUGACUCGACGAGAAAAAACAGGGGAGCGCAGGGUGAGUAAGGAAGACAACAAAACUCAGGGAUUGGAAAGCACAAGCCGGAGGCACGUCAUUAAAAGCAGAACUGAUGUGGAAAAGCACUAUGAGAUUGGCAGAACUAUUGGGGAUGGGAACUUUGCAGUGGUGAAGGAAUGUCGCCACUGUGAUUCCAAUCAGAUCUAUGCAAUGAAAAUUGUUGAUAAAUCCAAGCUGAUGGGGAAGGAGGACAUGAUGGAAAGUGAAAUCCUCAUUAUUCGGAGUCUCUCUCAUCCCAAUAUAGUAAGCUUAAUUGAGGUGUAUGAGACAGAAGCUGAGAUCUACUUAAUCUUAGAGUAUGUCCCAGGAGGGGACUUAUUUGAUGCAAUCAUAGAAAGUGUGAAGUUCACAGAGCACGAUGCUGCUGUCAUGAUCACUGACCUGUGUGAAGCCCUGGUUUAUAUUCACAGCAAGAACAUUGUCCACAGGGACCUCAAACCAGAGAAUCUCUUGGUUCAGCACAAUGCAGAUAAAUCUACUACACUGAAACUGGCAGAUUUCGGCCUUGCUAAGCAGGUUACAAAACCCAUAUUUACUGUCUGUGGAACACCAACGUAUGUUGCUCCUGAAAUACUUGCUGAGAAGGGCUAUGGCCUCGAAGUAGACAUGUGGGCAGCUGGUGUGAUCCUUUACAUCCUGCUCUGCGGUUUUCCCCCUUUCCGCAGUCAGGACCGUGAUCAAGAGGAGCUGUUUCAGAUCAUACAGCUGGGUCACUACGAGUUCCUAUCCCCUUACUGGGACAAUAUUUCUGCAGCAGCAAAAGACCUCAUCACCAGGCUGUUGAUAGUGGAUCCCCAGAAGCGCUACACAGCACGUCAGGUACUUCAGCACCCCUGGAUCAGAACAGCCGGGAAAACCAACAGCAGGAAUCUGCAGAGGGAAGUGACAAUAAACAUCGAGCGCCAUUUCCGGGCCCAGCGCCGAAAGGAAGUUGUUGAUGAGGACACAUGAAAUCUUUCAAGCUCAUUUUGUCUUCUUUUUAUUGAUAACAAAUCAUUUAUGUUUUCUUUUCUAAAUGAAUUGGGAAUUUAAUGUGUAGCUGUUGGUGGCUAUUGCCAUGCCUUUUUUUUUGAUUCUGAGAUUCUGAAGGACAGAGAUCACAUUCACAUCCACCUCCUCUGAUGUUACUUGCUUUCUCUCUGUUGAAAGCAGUAGGAACUAGGUAAAUUCUGGAGGGUGUCUAUUCUUUUUCUUUAAGUACUGAUUAGGGCUUUUACAUCUUUUACAAAUGUUUGCUUCUGUGACUCACACUAGUGGUCAAUCUUCUCUCAUCCUUUUUGUAUGAUAUCCUCCAGGAGUUUUGUGUUUGAAAU